AUGUUCACUUGUUUUACAGCCACCAGCAAUCAACCCCGUAAAUCUAGUGGUGGAAGGCUCCAGCAUGACCAUUCUGUGUAUUGCCAUGGGGACACCGACGCCUACCAUAUCAUUAUACAUAUCAGAUGUGUCGAACAUAGCAUUUUAUAUCGGUUAAUAUUAUCACCAGGAACUGGUAAUCUACCCGGCCCGCCCAGGGAACUCCAUGCGGUGGUUUCCCAUGACAAACUCUUCCUGGACUGGACACCACCACAAGACGGAGCCAAUGCGACCUACUACGUGGUACAUUGGCAGAAAGUUGACAACAAUUCGCAACCCUACUACUUCAAUACACUGCAAUUGGACAGUCAAAUGCAAGUUAACGAAACAAAAGUACGUCUGGAAGGUCUGGAAGUAAACUCCACUUAUCAUUUGUUCGUGGUAGCAGCCAACGAGUAUGGAACAUCAUUACCAUCUAGUAUGCUGUUGUUGAACAUCACUGAAGAUGUUGUGAAUAAGGAGGUGACCGGAAUUCCAUCUCCACCUCACUCUCUCUCCGUGUCUUCUCAUUCAGCAACCUGGCUCACAUUGAGCUGGCAGCCACCACUCUUCUCGCAACCUGAUGAGAAAAUAACUUACACGCUUUUCUUCAAAUCACCAUCACAACUGGGUACGAGCAACGUAACAAUCAUAUCAACCACUGUUCCUGCGCAUACGCUUGAGAAAUUGACACCGAAUACGCAGUAUGUUGUCUGGGUGACGGCGCAUGCUGUGGCCGGAAACUCGCUGCCUUCUGAGACUUUACUGGCCUGGACUGAUCCAGCUUAUCCAGCGUUUGUUGAGCCACCAACAAUCAACCCCGUAAAUCUAGUGGUGGAAGGCUCCAGCAUGACCAUUCUGUGUAUUGCCAUGGGGACACCGACGCCUACCAUAUCAUUAUACAUAUCAGGUCGGCUCGUCCGUCAAGAGAUGACACGUCAUAUGGUGACUGUGAUUCAUAACGUGACGCGAGACAUGGACCAGAUAUCGUGCUACGGGGACAAUGGCUACGGCACGCCCAUGCAAGCGUCUCGCAAGAUCAAUAUUUCACAUGUACCUACAAUCCAGGCGUCUGGAAUAACAAUGGCGGCAGCUGGAGAUGCUGUUAUCCUGGAGUGUCGAGUAGAAGCUCUUCCUAAGCCCACUAUAGCUUUCUGGAGGGACCCCAACGGAAGAACCCCAGUCAUCGAUGGUCCCAACUACAGCAUUCAACUAUUGGCUGAUCCAGAGGAACAAACCAAGUACACAAUGAGGCUCAUAAUCAAGAAGAUAAGUGAAGCAGACGAGGGUGACUACUUCUGUCAUGCUGAGAACGCCUUCGGGAAGACUUUGAGACCAGUCUCAGUGAGACUUAGGUCAACCAUGCCACACCAUAAUGUCACAGAGUGCUGUGCUGAGAUGAACGUGUCGUCGUCAUGCAUAGAUGCCUGCAGCUUCCACCUUGACAUGGACAACAUCAUGGACCGUCCCGAGUGCAUCAAUGAUUUUGACAAGUUGAUGAAAUGCGCUGCCGAUGGCUCUGAUCAUCGUAGCUGCUGCGCCUCAUGGGGCGUUCCUAGAAAUUGCCUGGAGCUAUGUCGAGGUGGGCCAGUUUCACGCUCCUGCGCAUUGCAACACGCUCGUCGCGCAUUGGCCUGCUUCCGGGACUCUGGAGCCAGGCUACCAGGACCACCAAGGAAUUUGAAAGCUCAUGUUGCACCGACACCACACUCUGUUCUAUUAAGUUGGGACGCACCGAUCAAGAACCCACAAACGGUCUACUUGUACCGGGUAUUCUGGCGAGCGUAUGGUGCCAAAGUACCUGAGAAGUUGGACACUAGUGAGACAAGUGUGGUACUCACUGGCCUUAAUGAUGACGUCAAGUAUGAGUGUGUAGUCAAAGCUGCAAACGAUGUUGGAACUUCAUCGCUUAGUCAAUCUAUAAUGUUCACGACGGCGGGACAAGAGACUGGUGCGGCAGCGGCCCCAGUCACUGGUUCCAGCACAGCCUCCGCUGUAGGAGUGGCAGUUGCUUGUAUUUUGGUCGCAGCUAUCCUGUUGGCUGGUGGAUUCUAUUACAAACAUAGAAAGAAUCUAAGGCUUAAAGCUCAAGGUGGAGUUGCCUUUGAAAACCCGAGCUACUUGAGAGAACCAAAUCCGGACACUAUCGUAAAUGGUACGGUGCCUAACGGUAAUGCGAACGGAGGGAAUGGAGUCGCCAACAGUGUCUCAAAUAGCACAGCAUGGAGACAAGAAACAUUACAGAACCCUAGCACGGCAACACCAGCAGCACGAGAAGUAGAUCCUACUUUGUAUGAGGAAUUGAAGCUGGGGCAAGACGGGGCUGGCUUCAAAAGACUGAAAUAG